GUCUCAAGUAAAUUGAAACUGAGGGAGAGGGAGUAAAGAAAGAGAGCAUUAAUUACAUGCCCUGCCCUUGUGACUUUCCUUCUACUCUCCCUCCCUUCCCACUCAAUAAGUACCCCCUUCUCCCUCCUCUUACUCUUCACUCAGCUACAAAAUCCCUUCUCCAUUUCCCUCAUUUCUCUCUCUCUAUCUUCCCUUUUUUCACACUGAAUACACACUUCUGUGUGAAAAAUAUGGCUGUCACUACGAUGCUCUGCAUUAUUACUACUCUGCUCUGUUUUCUCACUGACGUUAAUGCUAGAAUCCCCGGCGUUUACACCGGGGGACCAUGGCAAGACGCCCAUGCCACCUUUUACGGUGGCUCUGACGCCUCUGGCACUAUGGGUGGAGCUUGUGGUUAUGGAAAUCUAUACAGCCAAGGCUACGGAGUAAACAAUGCAGCACUAAGCACAGUGUUAUUCAACAGUGGACUAAGUUGCGGAGCAUGCUUUGAGUUAAAAUGUGUGAACGAUGGCAAAUGGUGUCUUCCUGGAAAUCCAUCCAUUUUCGUAACGGCAACAAACUUUUGCCCGCCAAACUUUGCUCUUCCAAAUGAUGAUGGUGGAUGGUGUAACCCUCCUCGUUCUCAUUUCGAUCUCGCUAUGCCUAUGUUCCUCAAAAUUGGUCAGUAUCGUGCUGGAAUUGUACCCGUUACUUAUCGCCGAGUACCAUGCAGAAAACAAGGAGGCAUCCGAUUCACAAUAAACGGCUUCCGUUACUUCAACUUACUAUUGGUAACAAACGUUGCGGGUGCAGGGGACAUACAAAAGGUCCUUAUUAAAGGAACACACACACAAUGGAUCACAAUGAGUCGUAACUGGGGGCAAAAUUGGCAAACAAAUUCACCUCUUGUGGGUCAAGCCCUUUCUAUUCGGGUUAAAGCUAGUGACCAUCGUAGUGUCACUACUAUGAAUGUAGCACCAACUAAUUGGCAGUUUGGACAAACCUUCCAAGGCAAGAAUUUCCGGGUUUAGAUCCAAAAACUUUUCAUACCCAUUACCACUGACCAGAGGCGGAUCUAAAAUUUAAAGGUUUUGGGUUCCCAAUUUAUAAUUUUUACUACUAGACCAAUAACACACUUUGUUUGUGGGUUCCCAACUUAUAAUUCUUAUAUAUUUACUAGUUUUUUCAAUAUAAAUUCAAGAACCGGACGAAAGUUAUGGGUUACCGGAAACCCGCACUUUAUGUUGUGCAUCAGCCCCUGCCACUGACCCAACCCGACCCAAAAACAAAAUUACUUGCAAUUUAUAUUAUACCACAAGAAAGCAAAAAGAAUAUUCCUAUGAUUUUUCCUGGCCUUCAGUGGUUUCUCUUUUGUACCGGGAAAAUAUUGAAGUCCAAGGGGAAUUAGUAUCUUCCUUUUUACACUUUUAUUGUCAACUUUAUGGGGAAUUGGUGUUUUUUUUGUGUUUAUUUUUUUUUUUUUUUUGAGAAAAACUUUAGUAUCUUUUACUUUGUUUUUUGACCUUUUGUUAUGAAUUGGGAUUGAAAAAGUUAGGGAGGCUGAAGUGGCUGCAAAAGCACCCAAAAAUGUUAGGGGUAAAAGCAUGUAGCCCGCAGCUCUAUUUGGUAAUGUUAGCAGUGGUGUGUAAUGGAAAACAUAUACUUUCUGUUUUAUUUA